UCUGGCAGAAGCGGCGUGGAGAGAGUCGCGCGCCGCUCAUUGCUCUAGCGGAGGAGCGCAGGAGAGCGCAGGAGGGAAAGAGAGAGAGAGAGAGAGAGAGAGAGAGAGAGAGCAUGGAUUUACCGCUCAGAGCGAAACGCACAGCGCUCAUCAAACUCGCCUUGACGCUCUGCUGUGUCCGGCUGUCAUCCUGCAAAGAUGGCUGCGACAGUCCACUGGUGUCCAAUCUCCCGCAGUCAGCUUUCAGAAGUUCAUCUCAGCUGUCAAACAGCCAUGGACCAGGCUACGCCAAACUCAACAGGAGGGAUGGGGCAGGUGGAUGGUCACCGGUCAACUCCAUGAAGCAUCAGUGGUUGGAGAUCAAUCUUGGGAAAAGGACGGAGGUCACAGGAGUCGCUACACAGGGCAGAUACGGCAGUUCUGACUGGGUGACUCACUACCUCCUCAUGUUCAGUGACACAGGUCAUAACUGGAGACAGUACCGGCAAGAGGACAGCAUUGGGGUAUUCUUUGGGAACACGAACGCAGACAGCGUAGUGUUCUACAAACUCCAGCAGCCGGUGUUUGCCCAGUUCCUCCGUGUGCUGCCUCUGCAUUGGAAUCCUAAUGGAAGAGUCGGGUUACGACUGGAGGCAUACGGCUGCCAAUACAACUCUGACGUGGCCAGCUUCGACUCAGCCAGCUAUUUGCUCUUCAAGCUUGACACAGUCACCAGUCCAUCACCCAAAGACCUUCUAACAAUGAACUUCAAAAGUCUUCACAACUCCGGGGUCCUGAUGCACAUGGAGGGCGAUCACGGACACACCGUCAGUCUGGAGUUACUCAAAGGAAAGCUCUUCAUACAUCUCAGAAAAGGUAAUUUUCACACAGAGGUGUCACUCGGCAGCCUGCUGGAUGACCAACACUGGCAUCUUGUUAGCAUCGAGCGACUCCGAGGCCACGUCAACUUCACAGUGGACAAAAGCACGCAGCAGCUCCAACUCCCCGACCACCUGAGUCACUUUGAGAUUAACGAGAUCAGUUUCGGUGGCGUUUCGGCCGACGGGACUCAGAGAGAAAACUCAAGGAGGAACUUCCACGGCUGUCUAGAGAACGUCCAGUACAACGGCGUUAACGUGAUCGAGCUGGCUAAAAACAAACAACUCACCACAGUGGGAAACGUCACGUUCGCGUGUUCGGAGGCCGUCGACGUGCCGGUGACGUUUGACAGCUCGGAGAGUUUUCUUCAGUUGCUGUGGACGUCAACACGUGACACCUUGUCGGUCGGGUUACAGUUCCGAACCUGGAACAGAGCGGGGCUGCUUAUGACCUUUGACCUCCAUCACCAAGCAGGAACGCUGUGGGUUUACCUGAGCGAGGCAAGGGCAAGGAUGCAGGUCCAUAAGGCCGGCAGGAUCGUGGCCGACAUCACGGCAGGAUCAGCGCUGAACGAUGGCCAGUGGCACUCUGUGGAUCUGAGCGUCCGUCGAGGUCGUCUGAUCCUGGCAGUGGACAAAUCGGACAUGUCCACCAUCACCAUAUCCUUCCCUGUCAUGCCUACGAACCAGAUCUUUUUAGGAGGAUGUCCAAUUACAGAUGAUGGAUGCACGAAUCCCUUCAGCGUUUUCCAGGGAUGCAUGCGCCUCAUCCACCUGGACGAGGGGUUGGUUGAUCUGAUCAAGGUGCAGCAGAUGCUCUUGGGCAACUUCAGCAACCUCCAGAUGGACGUGUGCGGCAUCGCCGACAGGUGCUCUCCGAGUCACUGCGAACACGGAGGAAGGUGCACGCAGUCAUGGAGCUCUUUCCACUGCGACUGCACUGACACCGGCUACAGAGGAGCCACGUGCCAUAGCUCUGUUUACGAGGCAUCGUGCGAGGCCUACAAACACAGAGGGAACACGUCAGGACUGUACCACAUAGACGUGGAUGGAAGCGGACCCAUCAAGCCACAGCUUGUGUACUGCAACAUGUCAGAUAAAGCGUGGACUGUCAUCCAACACAAUAACACCGAGCUCACCAAAUUACGAGCAUCCUCGGGGAGCACUCAGCAUUUGGCCUCCUUUAACUAUUCUGCCGACGCCGAGCAGCUCACGGCCAUAAUUACCCGAGCCGAGCACUGCGAGCAGGAACUCUCCUACCACUGCAAAAAGUCACGCCUCCUAAACACACCAGAUGGCACGCCAUUCACCUGGUGGGUGGGUCGGUCAGGAGAUGCCCACACGUACUGGGCAGGGGCACCUCCGGGCAGUCAGCAAUGCGGCUGCGCCGUUCACGGAGACUGUGUGGAUCCUGAGCACUUCUGUAACUGUGACAGCGACCUCGAUGACUGGCUGAACGAUUCCGGCGUCCUUUCUCACAAAGAGCAUUUGCCUGUCAGGAUUUUGGCUGUGGGGGACGUUAGCAGGCCGGGGUCAGAGGCAGCGUAUCGGGUGGGUCCCCUUCAGUGCCACGGUGACAAGGACUUCUGGAAUGCUGCCCACUUUGAUAAGGAGACUUCUUACCUUCACUUCCCCACGUUCCGCGGGGAGCUCAGCGCUGAUAUUUCCUUCUUUUUUAAGACCUCCUCUUCCAGCGGCAUGUUCCUCGAAAACCUGGGAAUUAAGGACUUCAUCCGAGUCGAGCUGAGCUUGCCGAACGAAGUGGUUUUCUCCUUUGACGUGGGGAACGGGCCGUUCAAGGUGCACGUAAAGACUCCGGUUCCUCUGAACGAUGAGCGCUGGCACCACGUGGUCGCCGAGCGCAACGUCAAAGAGGCGUCUCUGAGCGUGGACCAUUACCCUGGAUCAGUGCGGAAAGCCCCCACUGAGGGGCACAUCCACCUCCAGCUCAACAGCCAGCUCUUCGUGGGAGGAACUGCGUCAAGGCAGAAGGGCUUCCUGGGCUGUAUCCGCUCACUGAAGUUGAACGGGAAGACGCUGGAUCUGGAGGAGCGAGCGAAGAUCACACCUGACGUCCAGCCCGGAUGCCCAGGCCACUGCAGCAGCUACGGACACCUCUGUCAGAACCAGGGCCUGUGCCUCGACAAGGAUAACGGCUUCGCCUGCGACUGCGGAGCCUCGUCAUAUUCCGGAACCUUCUGUCACAAAGAGGUUUCUGCGUUUUUCCGACCCGGGACCUCGGUGACGUACACGUUCAAGGAGCCUUAUGAGCUGAACAGAAACAGCAGCGCCAAGUCGUCAUCCAUCUACUCAGACCUGACGCUGAAAGGAGAGAACGUAUCGCUGAGUUUUCGCACCAGCCAGGUGCCCGCCGUUCUCCUUUACGCCAGCUCAUACUACAGAGAAUUCCUCGUCAUCUUCCUCAACAGGAACGGUCAACUAGAGGUGAAGUACAAACUACAGAACGACCGAGACCCUGACGUCUUCAGAUCGAGCAUGAAGAACCUGGCCGACGGACAGUUGCACCGAGUGUCUAUCAGAAGAGUCAUGGAGAGCCUCAGAAUUCAGAUUGAUCAGAACGCGAGGGAAGACUUCAACCUAUCAUCAGAUGUUGACUUCAAUGCCAUCAAAGCCAUCGUCAUCGGGAAACUGCCUGAAUAUGAUGAGCUGGAUGCAGAGAUAACUCACCUCACUUCUCAGGGCUUUGCUGGCUGCCUGUCAGUGGUCCAGUUCAACUCUGUCUCUCCUCUGAAAGCAGCACUGCUUUAUCCACACACCAGUCCUGUUAUCGUCACAGGGACACUGACCGAGUCCAACUGCGGUUCAUCUUCGUCAUCCAGUCCCUACGCGGCCGAGACGACCCACUCGCUCUUGGAUCAUGUGGGCACUGUAGGAGAGCCCGUAGUCAAUGCAAUCAGCGGCGACUCUGCUCUGAUCGGAGGCGUCAUCGCCGUGGUGAUAUUCGUGAUCCUAGCCUGCUUGGCUGUCAUGGCACGAUUUUUCUACCGACGGAAAGAGACGUUUCAGACCCAGGUGUCGAAAGGAGCGAAAUUGGAGGAUGGGCCCGAGACGGCGUUUCACACCGACCCCAGCGCACAGAGCGUCAUCAGCGAAAGCCAAAAAGAGUAUUUCAUAUGAUGAGCCUGUUCGUCUUCAGCAUCAUUAUACAGACUUUUUUUUUCUUGGCCUAACCUACGAUCGCCGGAGGACAGGACUGCUUCGGCCAGCGUCGACAGAGACGUUGAUGAAAAGAAAAAAAAAAGAAAAGAAAAGAAAAGAAAAAAAAAGUUUGGUGUCUCUGGAGAGGAGCCUGAAAAUGGGCUCGAAUGUGACUAAGAACUCACGUAAUUUUUUUUUUUUGUACAUACGGUGAAAGCUCCACAAUUUACCACAAAUAACAGUGUUUCUAAAAUGUGUACAAUGAUCUUCAUGAACUGUAAAUAUUCUUUCAAAAUGUACAUGUGGGGGGGGGGACCUCUUUGUAUCUGUUACCUUUUACCUUUUAUUCGGGAUUUGUUAAAACUCCCCGUCGUGUACACGCUCGCACAGGAAGCCGGAAUCCGCCGAACGUCUCAUACACCGAGGUCCAAAACACAGAAUUUUCUGUCUCUACAAAUGAUACAGAAUAUUUCAUUAAUGUAAGCCAGGGCUCGAGUGCAAGGUAGAAAUCUUAUGUGUCUCAAUAUCACAAAAAGGAAUUUCAUAGUGUUUCAUAUUACAGCAAAGACUUGACAAGGAGUGUGUGUAAAAGCUGACACAGUAGUGCGUUCACACUCGAAAUGUAAUAGAACGCAGGUCCUGGGUUUCCUUGUUUGGCUGCUCAUACUUCAUCUGGGGCUCUCACUUAAUGUCCAUUCUUCAUUAUGAGACCUUCCACGCUGUACACUCCUCAACCCUGGCUCAGAUUUCUUAUUUGUAGAUUUUAGCUGUACAGCGGUGACUGUAUUAAAGGCAGGGUCUCCGAUGUUUGAAAGCCAAUGUCGACAUUUGAAAUCACCAAAACAAACACACCCCUAACCCAAAUGGGUUCCACCCCUGUAUUAAUAGCUCCGCCCACACAUACAUACGUAACUCAGGCAAC